CACUGACAACACCAGCGGGUCUCUCCAUCUCUCUUCACUCACCUCCCGCCGGGUUUUCGGCUCUUUUAGAGGCGCGCGGACUUUUUCAGCGCUUCAGAGUAGACUCCGGUAUAAGUUGGAUUAUCUUCAAGUGUGUUCGGACUGUUUGAAGAGGCAGUUCGGUGUAAACGAGUUCUGCUUUACAAGAUGGAAUCAGCACCUCUGGGAACAUCGUGAAGACUGAGAGACAGGACGACAUAUUUCUCACAGUGGCAGAUUCCUCAGUGGCGGUGCCAACGUCGUGCACAUCCUUGCUGUUUCCCAUGGACCUCAGGGUGGGCGAGCGGGGGAUGCGCCCUGGUUCAGACACAGUGCUCCUCACCCCGCUGCACCCGCCUUUACACCUCCCGCCGUUCUCCCCGCAACCUCGCACCUCCUUCUCCCAACAACAACUUCACCAGCAAAUCCGGUUUAAUAUGGAACAAAGGAGGCGAGAGCAUGAGCACCACGAGAAACAGCAAGAGCUGCAGCAGCUAAAACACAAAGACAAGAGUCAACAGAGUGCGGUGGCGAGUUCCUUAGUGAAACAGAAGCUCCAGGAGGUGAUUCUCAAGAAGCAGAAGCAGGCGGCGCUGGAAAGAACAAACGCAAACACUGCACCUUCUGUUCCAUACAGAAAUCUGGGCCCAGACCCCGGCGUGUCCUCUCAGCCUCUAGUCUCGUCUCCGACACAGCCUCCUGCCGAGGGUUCAGAGGGGACGCCGCUGCGCAGAGCAGCGUCGGAGCCUAAUCUGAAGGUGAAACACAAGCUGAAGAAACACCUGAACACCCGCAAGAGUCCGCUCACCCGUAAAGAGAGCGCCCCGCCCACAGUCAAACACAGAGUACCUGAUACACUGGACUCAUCCCCGAGCAGCAGCAGCACUCCGGUCUCUGGUUGUAGCUCUCCUAAUGACAGUCUGCCCAAUGAGAAUGGACUGCUGCCAUCUGCAGGCGGCCUCUCACAUGAGGCCCAGAAACUGCUGCUUAGAGAUGGUACUCUUGCUAACUUCACCAUCCAGAGUCCCUCCACCCUGCCCACCAUCACACUGGGACUACCAGCUAACUCAAGGGCUGAAGGAGAGCUGUCCUCGCUGAAGGUCGGCCGGGUGCCGGUGGUCACCGCCGGCAGCUCUUCUGUCUUCCUCCCUCUCAGCAGAGAGGAUCAGGCAGGGCAGAUGAACCCUCACCUACCUGUCAUCAUCCUGGAGCCAUCUGGGCUGGUACACGCUCCGUUACUCACCGGCCUAGACUCUGUUCCGCUACAGUUUGCGCCACAGUUAGGCCACCUGUCUCCUGGAGGUGCUCAAUCACACAAGCCCCUGAGCAGAACACGCUCAGAACCCCUCCCUCAGAGCCCCCACGCCCUUCACACACAUCUCCUUCAACAACAGCACAACACGCAAAUACUGGAGAGGCUCAAACAGCAGACGCACCUCGGCAAGCUGAUGUCCAAGUCCAGUGAGAAGCCCAGAUUGCAUCAGAUUCCUUCCGAGGAUAUGGACUCAGAGGACGGAGGCCGGACGCCCCCCACAGAGCCAGCCUAUCACAGCAGAGGCCGGUCAGAGUCGCUGAGGGAAGUGGAGCCAUCAGCAUCCAAGACACAUGAGGAGCAGAUGAACCUGCAGCAUGCCCUCAUACUCAAUCAGUCAUUGCUAUGGGAACAACAGAAGCAGCUGCAGCAGCUCCAUCGACAAAUGGAGACGCUGGCAGUACCUGUGUUACACGGCGGGGUCGUGGGUGGUUUGGGCGUCCAUCGCCCCGUGUUCCGUACGCAGUCUUCCCCAGCCUCCACCUCUCUCACUCUGCCUGAGAAAACCCUGAGCCUGCCCACACAAGACACCAGCAGCAAGCCACGCUUCACCACUGGCCUUGUCUAUGACUCUCAAAUGCUAAAACACCAGUGCACCUGUGGAGAUAACAGCAGUCAUCCAGAGCAUGCUGGGAGGAUACAGAGCAUCUGGUCCCGACUACAGGAGAGAGGCCUGAAGGGACAGUGUGAGAGCAUCCGUGGCCGCAAAGCGACUCUAGAGGAGCUGCAGUCUGUUCACACAGAGCGCCACGUGUUGCUAUACGGCACCAACCCGCUCAACAGACUCAAACUGGACAACCGCAAGCUGGCCGGGAUCCUCUCUCAAAGGGCAUUUGUGAUGUUACCAUGCGGCGGUGUAGGGGUUGAUAACGACACCAUUUGGAAUGAGUCGCACACGUCCACGGCGUCACGCCUGGCAGCAGGAAGUGUCGUGGAGCUGGCGUUCAGAGUGGCCAAAGGAGAACUUAAGAACGGCUUUGCUGUUGUCAGACCGCCGGGGCAUCACGCAGAUCCCUCCAAUCCCAUGGGUUUUUGUUACUUCAACUCUGUGGCUAUAGCUGCUAAACAGCUGCAACACAAGCUCAGCGUCAGCAAGAUCCUCAUUGUCGACUGGGAUGUUCACCACGGUAACGGCACCCAGGAAGUGUUUUACAGCGACCCCAGCGUUCUCUACAUCUCACUUCAUCGUUACGACGACGGAAACUUUUUCCCUGGCAGUGGGUCUCCCGCUGAGGUUGGUUCGGGAGUUGGUGAGGGCUUUAAUGUGAAUGUGGCGUGGACGGGAGGACUGGACCCACCCAUGGGAGAUGCUGAAUACCUCGCCGCAUUCAGGUCUGUGGUGAUGCCGAUUGCCCAGGAGUUCUCUCCGGAUGUAGUUCUGGUGUCAGCUGGGUUUGAUGCCGCCGAGGGAAACCCCGCUCCUCUAGGAGGCUACAACGUCUCCGCUAAAUGUUUUGGCUUCCUGACCCGUCAGCUGAUGUCUCUAGCAGGAGGGCGUCUGGUUUUGGCCCUUGAGGGAGGUCACGACCUCACAGCAAUCUGUGAUGCAUCUGAAGCCUGUGUCAGUUCGCUCCUGGGCAUACAGGAAUCACUGCCCGAAGAUGUUCUACUCCAGAAGCCCAACGCUAACGCAGUCCGCUCCCUGCAAACUGUUAUACAGAUACAAAGUCAGUUCUGGCAGAACGUGAAGGCCUACAGCGGAUCAGUGGGCCUGUCAUACCUGGCUGCCCAGAGCAGAGACUGUGAGGAAACAGAUGCUGUCAAUGCUUUGGCCUCGCUCUCUGUUGGAGUCCUUUCAAACAAGAGCCUCCCUGAUGAGCCAAUGGAACAUGACAGUGACUCCAUGUAGGAGAGCCCAACCAAUCACCUCGCAGAACUAGCAGAACAUUCAGAAGCCUCAGACCUCCCGUGCUGUCAUAUGAGCAUGAAAGGGACACAUUUGUAAGGCCACUGAGCCCCAACCAUUAGCCUUCUUCACACAUACACAGACCAACCAAGACACAAUGCUGAACCUCUACAGACCCGCCGUUAUGAGCACCUCAAUGCUGGUAACCACUCGGCUGAAGCCAGCAGCUCUACCUGCAGCUGAGAAACCUUCUGAAACCUCACCAAAGAGCAAUACAAGUCGAUUUGAAUAGACUUCUCAUGUCUUCUGACUGACAUUAGACUGUGUGUGUGUGUGUGUGUAUGUGUGUGUGGGUGUGUGUGUGUGCGCGCGCGCGCGCAUUGUCAGGGUUCCAGUGCCACAGCCCUGUGACCACAGACCUUUGAGGAACACAAAAACUCAGACGUGGACUUCAGCUCUGAAUCCUCUUGGAGCGCAAUACACCAGCAGCUGUUUUUGUUGCCUUAACUUUGCCUUAAGACCAACAUCAGAAGGAGACUUCGGAUCAUAAAUUCUUUCUGCUACAUUGCUCCUCAUAUCUGAGUUGAAUGAACGGGAUGAAAAACGAUGCAGAAUCAAACUACUGUAUAUCGUCAGUUGAAGGCAUGUGUGCUUGAUGGACAAGAUGCAAAAAUAUCACCGUGAAGAAAUGGCCCCAUCAUUAUAUAUAUAU